GAGAAGCCGACGUUCUCCGAGUGUGCACAAGUAGGGGCAGAUAACUCUAAUUUCUAUUUCCUACUGUUGAUGUGUAAAGUGCAGUGUUUCGGUAUGAGUAAUUGAACACUCAUCUGAUAAAGAUGAAGACAACGUGGCAGUGUUCAAAGGCAUUAUGGGAAGAAGUAACAUUGAAGGUGAACAGGUCGGUGGUGUACGUGGAUGACGCAUGUGCCGAGCUGCUACACUGGCAGGGCGGUAUGGCUCGCCUCCUGGAGGCCGGAGCUGUGGAUGUACGAGAGUUCUCUUCCUUUGAGAAGGCAGAUCCUAAUCAGAAGAAGGCAGUAUUCAUUGUCAGCUCCAUGUUGCGAGACUCCGUGACUCGGGACGUGUUGAAGGAUGUGGUAGAACAGAGCAGCUUCCAGUAUGCUGUUGUCAUCUCCACUGUCAGCAGCAGUGUGCAUGCCUUUGACCGCACAGGAAGUGCCGAGGUGGAUGACAAGCAAGACUUUGAUGAAAUGGAAGAUCUCCUGCUUCAGUGGAUGGGAAACAUGAAUUACACAGCGGAAAUAUUUCACUUCCCUCUGUUCACCGCCGACAUCUGUCCAGGGAUGUUCGUCACGCCAGCGUUCUCACGAGUGUUUCCAAUGCUUGACACAGAUGUACAACAUGUACAGCUACAGUACAACUCUGCUCACAAGGUCAAGGGAGACAAGGCAUCGUUUACCUCGCUGUCUGAAAUUGAAUGUCAUCAUCUACCCAAAGCGUUACAGAAUACUUUCAAGAGACUUGCGUGCUGCUUCCAUGCCUUACUGAGUGACCUCGGGGUCAGGGAGGACCUGUACAGUGUGGGUCACACGAGUCGACUACUUGCCACAGAGAUCGAGAACUACCCACCUGCCAAGAUUAGAAGAAAGAAUGUCUCCAACAGAGCCUCGUUAGUCCUGAUUGACCGCACACUUGACCUGGCAUCACCUGCUGGCCACCAGCUGGACACUCUACUGGACAAGAUCACAAGUGUCCUGCCGUCUCUGCCUCGUCACAACGCUGAUGUCCUGGUCGACAUGUCCGGACUCUGCUCCAUUUCUCAGGAUGCUAAGAGUGUCAUUGUCCCAGGGAGUCUUGCAUCGGGCAACUUCUCAACUCAACCUACACAUCUGCAGAAUCUGGUGUAUGGUAAACACAAGGAAUGUCUAAUGGCUGUAAAUCGACGGCUGGUUGAAGCUGCUUCUAGUGAGAAACUUCCAGUCAACUUGGCAGGCAAACCAGGACGAGUGACUCCAGAGCAGCUAGACACCACACUCAGCCUAUUCAAAGGCAACUAUGCUGCCAUUAAGUCUCAUCUGGAUACUCUCCAGGUUGCCAUGGCAACAUCACAGGCUUUGAAACAUCAGGAUAUUGGUCGCAAUGACAACCUAUUAAGCACAGAAAAGAAUCUUGUCCAACUUGUAGGAGAUGAUAGCUCUGCUGGGGGUCUGUCCCAUAUUCUGACCUUGCUGAAAGGUCAACUACAGCUUCCAGCCAAUCAGAGAUCCCAUAGCCUGGACGAUGUGUUGAUGGUGCUGACGUUCCUGUACUCGCUGUCGGGGGGAGACUGUGGGGAGGAAGAACUGGAAGUACAGGACCUGCUGGUGGAUGCUGUUUUAGCUGAGAAGUCUGACUUACCACCUGUGAUACAUGCAAUUGUGGGAGAUGCUGUGAGUGGCAGCAUAGUAAGAGACCUGAUGGAGGACGUCUGGAGCAAACUGGGGGCUGUCGCGGCCGCUCGGGAAGACCUUAAGAACUUCCAAUCCAUCUUGGAGCCCACCAGUGCCAUCAGUCCUGCCAGUAUGAAGCCGCUGCUCAAGAUAAUCGUUGAACAGAUCUUCAGCCCCGACAAACCCGAGCUUGUGGAUCUAGAGUUUAAAUCAAGUGGACUCAAAGACUUCUUGAAAUCAGGAUUUGGAUUGUUCAUGAAUGUAAGCAAGCCCCGCCCCAGUGAUCACCCCCUGCUUCUGGUAUUUGUGGUGGGUGGGGUGACAGCGACAGAGGUGAAGCAGGUCAGAGAUGUGAUGGACAAGAUGAAGCUUGAUAAACAGGUUAUCAUUGGUAGCACAAAACUGCUAAGAGGAAAUGAUGUGCUCCAGUCCAUAUUCUGCCAGAACAACGUGGACCCAGAUUCUGUUCUGUAGUCAUGGUGUAGAUCUGUUUUCUGUAUAAAGGGAAAGGAGGCAAUAAAACUUGUUUUCAUGUA